AGGAGGGACAGUGCCGAAAACCGGGACGGGUCCCCAGCUCUACUGACUGUACUUGCAACCCGAGGAUUAGCCGAUGUGCCUGACGAGAUACCCGUCGACAUCCAGAGAUCACGCAGCACGUUCAACCCGUAUUUGCGGCAAAAAUACCUCCCUCCGGACCCCACUUCCGGGCUACUUCCCUGCUGUACAUACCGCAACCUCAUUGCACAAUCCCAACAUUUGAACACAUGGAGAUAGAAAGACCAAACAGCCCGGAUAAGGGUCCCAAGCGGCGCAGCGGCCCUCGGAGAAAGACCGGUAUCUUCACUUGCAAGUCGCGACAUACACGGUGUGAUGAGAAGAAGCCCGUGUGCAGCAAUUGUGAGCGACUCGGUCUGCAAUGUCGAGCAUCCGAGUUCAUUGCAUACUCAGCCUGGAGCUCUGUCGACUCCAAUCAGCGUGUAGUCCAAAGCAAGAACGUGGUUCUGAUGGAAACCACUCCGUCCACGUCCAGCACCAGCCAGACCGACGCAGGCAAUGCAUCGUCGUGUGUAAGCCCGGAAUGUUCACCGGGCGUCCCAACUCCAAGUUCAACAUCGUUGCCCUCUAGCCAGCUGACACCGGCCUUGUCGCCGCCGGUCAACGUUAAGCCACCACCAUCAGCCUUGCUUCCCCUGAAUGGCGAGAAAGCGUAUCUGCUCAACGCCUAUCGCAUGGGAAUGGCAAAAUGGAUGGACAUAUUUGACCCAGAUGACACCUAUGAAACAGAAAUCCUCCGUCGCGCACUCUACUCUGAACUUUUGCUCCGAUGCAUAUGCGCUUUCACUGCUAAACAACUGUCCCAGCUAGCUUCCGGGGACAGAGACGUGUGGCAGCCUGUGGCUUCCCGUUAUUACCUUGAGGCCCUCAACCGCCUCAUAAGCGAGGUUAGCUGCCCAGAAAUGCACAGCGAUGCACUCACCGCAGCGAUGUUGCUGAGUAGCUACGAGCACCUGGCAGCGUCUGAUGCCUCGCAUCGAUCCCAUUAUCAGGGCGCAUUGAAUUUGAUCAGGUCGAGAGGCAUCUCCGCAAAUUCCGAUGGAAUUGACAGAGCCAACUUCUUCGUUCUUGUGCGCCACGAAAUUUCUGUUGCUCUGGCCAAUGAGAGCCCCUUGCAGUUUGACCCGAGAGACUGGAACGUUACCAGGCCCGGGAUCGGUGCUUCCGAGGACCAAGUGUCUAACUAUCUGAUGUUACUAGCUGGAAAUGCCGUCAACCUUGUCUUCGACAGCAGUUCGACUGUUGACAGACAGUCGCUUCUCGACAGCGUUGAGGACUGGUACAAUAAUACGAGCGCUACCUUCCGGGGCAUAACAUACGGCGAAGUGAAUGCCGAAGGCCUGACCAAAGUAUUCUUUGCUGUGACGGCCGCAGCGGCUGCUAUGAUGUGGUAUCACUUGACAUACAUUCUUCUCCUUGCAGAACCGCGUCUUAGCAACCCGGACAACGAUUCAGUGAUACAAGAACACGCGAACCGCAUACUUAGCAUCGGCAUUUCGGAUAUAUCGGAUGCGGCCCUUGCCUUUUCAAUCAUGCCAAUCUAUUUUGAGAUUCCGCUCGUGCAUGUUGCUCGAUGAUAUUGAGCGAAAACUUGGAUAUCGCACGCAGGCCAGAGUGCGAGCUUUGAAGGAAAUGAGCGGCCAACCCAUAACACCGAUCUAAACGACAAAUUCAGUUGCGUCCCACAUCACCAGCAUCCAGACCUCGGAGCAAACUUUACGCCAGCUGAUAUAUGGACGCAGAGACAGGGUUUGGGGGUCUUGUUUUCCGUUUUUCGGAUGGUUUAUGCUAUAAGUGUGCUUCUCAAGGAUAUGUAAGGACCUGAGCAUCUAAGAAGACAUUCGGUAAGACGAGAAACAAGGCGAAAAGAGCAGAAGAAACGAAAAUAUUUCGUUUUCCUUUG